GUAAAAAUUGAGAAUUUUUUAAAAUAUUUUGAAAAGAAAGAGGAGUUCAUGGGAAAAAAGAGAAGAAGUUAAAAAUUUUGUGUUUCCGAUUUGCAUUGGUUUAUGAACUGCUGUGAGAUUCCCUAUUUAGAAGAGUAGUAUUAAGAAUGAUGGCGGUAUGUCAAACGAGUUGUAUGCAUACGAGAUGGGUAGUAUAAGUAGACUUUUUUGGGUGGGGUGGCAGAAGUAGACAACAAUAUUUACUUAUUAAAUGAAGAAAUUGUCAUAGCUUACAUGUGGUAUAAUAUAGUUAUUAUCAUUGCUGUCAGAUCAGAUUCCUUGUUUAGAAUUAGAAAAACAAGUUGUCUGCUAGAAAUUAUAGUAUACAAAAUGGGUAGCAGAAGUAGACUUUUUUGGGUUGGCCGGGGUAGCAGAAGUUGACUUUCAUGGUUGGACUCUCCCACGCCAUUUAAAAGAAGCUUUGCUCGCUCGCUCUAAUGGCGACACCACAAGACAAGAGAUCUAGUCUCCGAUCCUGCCAGAAUUUCAACGUAAUUAAGAUGGCACUCAUGGCGGCCGGCUUAAGGACUCUUUUCCCGUCUAUGGUCUGCUUCGUCCUCGGCGCUUGGAUCUACGUGAUGUGCACCGAUGGCCUCACCGUCCAGGAUUUUUUUACCCCAUGGAUGGCUGGCUUUUUUGUUGAUUUCUACAUUUACGUUUUCCCCUUCGCGCUCUGGGUUUUGUACAAGGAAUCCAACUUGCUGUUGGUCCCGGUUUGGAUACUUCUGCUGAUAUGCACUGGCAGCAUGGGGGCUGGUACCUUUACCUUUGUUCAGUUCCUCAAGUUGUCACCCCAAGAAGCUGCAGAAGACCCUAUCUAUCAUGCCCUAUUGCGACCCGAGCACAAGUAUGUAUCCAUCUUGAGCGACGAGGUACAAGAGGGGAAGCAGCAGCGAUCUCCAGUACUAUUAGUCGUCGCUGCACGCAUUGUUUUCACAAGUUUGGUUGGCGUGAUGAUAGCAACCCUGAUUUGGUCUGUUGUGGCUCAAGGCUCUCCGUUCCGUAAAGAGAUCUUGACUCCGGCGAUGGCUGCAAACCUGAUCGACAUGUGUGCUAACUUCAUCGCUCUUUCCGUGUGGGUUGCCUACAAGGAAACAAGUUGGUUAAGCGCUUCCAUGUGGAUAGCUGUAUUGAUACUUCCUGGCGGUAUUGCUGCCUUUAUUGCAACACAGCUGUUUCAGCUUAGCUCUCACGACCCACUCUACCUAGUUUUGGUGAAGAAGAACCACAGCAGGCGGGCAACCUGCAGGGUUCCUCUUCUCAGUUCGGCUAAAUCCAGCGGCCAGGGGUAUUGAAAUUCUCGGAGCAGCAAAACACAACACUUGAAGCUAGCGUCGACUGACGGAUUGAUGGACGUACGUACGGACACACAGCGGAAGAUCGAGGGGCCUUAAUAAUAGAAAAUAAAUGUGAUUUUGGAAUCCACUGUCGAACGGCCGAAGUUUGCUUUUUUAUCUUUUGUAUUUCUUAGUUUAGCUAGCAUGUGUGUAGGUUGAGGAUGUAUUUCAAAUAAGUGUAUUUUGUGAGUCCGUCGAUUUGUUCCAUGUGUUUUUCGUCUUCGACUAUAUCAAUAUAAUUGAAAACUUGCACGAUAAUUCAUCUUAUGUACUUUUAUAGUUUUUCAAACCUUUCGAAAGGUCUCGUUUUCGGAUAGAGAAAAGUCAAUGAAUUGUUAUUUGAUAGGUAGGAUAACUUAGUGAUAAGAAAUUGUCUUACCGCAU